UUUCGAAAAGACUGUAGGCAGGGUUCAGGUGGGGACAAUGACACCCACUCACGUGCAAAAGCAUGCAGUGAGCAGCAACUUUCAGAUGUUGAAGACACGUUGCAUGACAGUUUCAUUGCUAUGGAGGAGACGCCAAAAGGCGACACUCAUGAGACUUUGGGGGAGAUGCCUGAAGGUGAACACCCACCUAAAUUCACUUGCAAGAAAGAUUUCACUGGUUUUUCUUUGGAGGACCUCUACGUCAUAGAGAUUUGUGCGGGGUCAGCCCGACUUUCAAAGAUUGCACAUGGGCAUGGUUUCAGGACAAUGGCGGUGGAUCAUUCGACAGCGAGGACAUGUGGCUUUCCGAUUUGCAUUUUCGAUCUUACAGAUCCUUCUGACUUGGAAUCAUUGCUGCAGUUCAUAGACGAAGCUGCAGCAUGCAUACUCAUGAUUUGGGUAGCGCCUCCAUGCGGCACUAGCAGUCGAGCGCGAGAAAAGAAAUUGCCGAAACUGGAAGCGGCUGGUGCAAAGGUUCCAACUCCUUUGAGGUCCUCACAACAACCUGAUCAACUGGACGGGUUGGGGGGACUUGACAAGUUAAAAGGCUUGGAAGCAGGGCAUCCUAGAAGCCUUGACCGAUACGUGGACCCUCAGAUGGAAGCCAUGUUGAAUGCAAACUUUUUGGAGGAACCAGCGGCUUUGGCAAAAAGAAGGAUUGAAUUUUUCCACAAAUACCUGUGUAGGGCAAAGGAGCUUCAUGCGCAGGAGGAAGAACUGAGACGUGGCAUGCCAGACCACGUGCGAGACUUGGUUGGGGGCAAGCGGCUCCUUUUGUGGAAAGAAAUUCUUGCUGACUGCAACUAUCCAGACACUUCUUUAAUAGAUGAAAUGGCUGCCGGUUUCAGACUCAGUGGCUGGAUGGGAAAGUCUAACGUUUUCAAAGCCAGGGCCAAGAGGCCUUCCAUGUCUUUGAGCACCCUCAAGCAACUUUCAAGGGCGCUCAAUGCUUCAACGCUGCGGAGCAUGGAUGUGGGUCAAGAACCUCAGCUUGAGGCUGAGACCUGGGAGGAAACGGUUGAGGAGGCAAAGAAAGGAUGGAUCUGGUUUGAUGAAACUUCGGAUUCAAAUGACUGCUUGUUCAGUGGGCGCCGUUUUGGCAUCCACCAAUCCAACAAGACCAGGGUGAUCGAUGAUUGUUCAUGUUGUGGUUUGAAUUGGACGGUUGGCCUUCACGAGAAAUUCAGGUUGCAGUCGAUAGAUGUUCUGGCAUCAAUGAUGGCGGCUGCCUUCAAGAAGUUUCCUCAUCUUGAAUUUCCAGAAGUUUUGGGACGCUGUUAUGACUUGAAGUCGGCCUACAAGCAAUUCCCUGUUCACAGCUCUGACCGUGCUUCCCUGCGGAUGGCCGUUAGAGAUCCAUCUGCUGAAGAGCCUCGCUUGAUCGGCUUCAAUGCUCUGCCCUUUGGGGCAGUGGGCAGUGUUGCAAGUUUCCUGAGGGUCAGCAUGUCAGUGUGGUAUAUUGGAUUAGUAGCCUUGCAGUUAUGUUGGACGGCUUUUUACGACGACUACAGUGUUUUGAGCCGACGAGAACUCUUGGCCAACACUUCUUGGUGCGUUGAAUCCUUGUUUCAGUUGUUGGGUUUAAAGUUUGCUACUGAUGGAAAGAAAUUCAUGCCUAUCAAUGCAGUUUUCAAGAUGCUUGGUCUCCAGGUCGAUUUGUCGACUUGCAGAGAGAAGGAGAUGCUCAUAGGUCACACCGAAGACCGCAAGAAUGAGUUGAAACAGAAGAUCGAUGAGAUCCUUGCUGCCGGGGUUAUGGAUUCGAAGGAGGCAGAGCGCCUCAGAGGAAGGAUGGUCUUCUUCGAAGGAUACACUUUCGGCCGUGUAGCCAAUGCAGCGGUUAAGAAUUUGGGAAGAUUCUGCACUGAUCGACCUGGCUCAAUGCGCUACAGUCUUUUGACCUUGAGAGAUCGUGUGCUCUCAGCUCCACCCAUACGCAUUGGCGUUACUUUGACUGACACGUGGACGGUGUUUACAGAUGGUGCCUGUAGUCCAGAACUCCGACAAGGUUCAAUAGGAGGUCUAAUCCUAGACCCGCUUGGAAGGUGCCAGUCUUUCUUCAGCAGCAUGGUACCGAACGAUGUUAUGGAUGAAUUUUUCCAGGCAUCAGCAAAUCCCAUACAUGAGCUUGAAGUGCUGCCAGUUCUGGUGGCUUGCCUUCUCUGGGGUGCAAGAUUUUCUGGCGCCUUGAUAGUGUACUACAUCGAUCAUGAGUCAGCUCGGAUGGCCUAUAUCAAAGGAAACGGAGAGACAAGCUUCGCUUCAUACAUGAUCGGAAACUUUGUUGAACUUGAAGCUGCAUGGCAGCACGAAACAUGGUUCGGACGUUGCCCUAGCACGAGCAAUCCUGCAGACGGUCCCAGCCGUUUAGACCUUUCUUGGUUUGAGGGAAAGCAUGCAGAGCAGACCAGUCUAAACUGGGAGCAGCUCAGGCAUCACCUCAAUAUAAAAGGGGAGAGGCCGGACAGGCGAUGA